CGUUUGGCACAAUGUUGCAAAAUUGAAAAAUGAAAUGAGCAUCGAAAGUGUUGUGCUAAUGUAACAUUAACCUUUGUUUGUCAAAAAAGGCACUUUUUACAAACAUAGAUACACACGUACAUAUGUGCCUGCUAUUUAUGUGUAACCGCACCCAGGCAGGCUUUAUUUUCAAUUAAAUCCAGACGCACUGUCAUUGCCGCAUACUGCGCGCAGCUAUGGAACAACAACAGCAGCAGCAAUAACAACAAAUUAGAUACACAAUUUGUUUUUUACCAACCAGCGAUUCGGACAAUUCAUUUGUGGGGUGAAAAACACAAAACAGACAACGGCGCAGAACGAACGGCCAAAGCAUAAAAUAAACAAUACCAUUUUGGGCUAGCUGGCCAGCUUUAUAUGUACUUACAUACAUACGUAUAUGUACAUAUACUUGUAUGUAGACAACAAUAUAUUCAUACAACGUCCAAGGAAGUUUGCGUUUCUGUGUCUGCCGUUGAUCGGUAGUGCUAGUGGUGGUGGUGGGUGCGGUGCAAACGCAAUAUUUCGAGUCUAUAUCUAUUAUGUAUCCGGCAAGUGUGGACGCGCCCUUCGGCGACCAACUGGAGGAGUCAACGACAAAGCACAAAAAAAGGAGGAACAUUAAUAUGUGCUACAUAAUCAUCACAACAAGCAAUCUAGUCUGGUUUCUUUGCACCCUUUUCGCAAGCAUGUUGCUAAUUACGGCUCUCGUUACACCCAAGUGGUUGAUUGGACCAAAUGCUAUGGCCGUGCCCAAGCUGAGCGGCCCACUCGACAAUAAUGCGUUGGGUGGUGAGUUUUUGGAUUUGGGGGAAAAGACGCACGCGUCUGAGGUGCGCUAUCCGUCAGUGGGCAUCUACACACGUUGCACUGUGAUGCAUCAUCAGGGUUACCAUUGUGGGGCCUUCGAUCUGGAUGGCUUUGCCACAGAUAGCACCGUGUAUCCAAACGAAUGGAAGGCCACCAUGUUCUUUCUAUUGCUCGGAUUUAUUUUGCUCUCUAUAACGGUGCUCCUCACUCUGGUCACCUGUUGUCGUCAGUCGGCAUUUGGCAAAAGCUUACACAACAUGACGGCAUGUGCGCAGGUGCUGGCAGGCAUAAGCGUGCUGUUGUCCCUCUUUAUGCAUCCAUUGGGAUGGCGAGCGCAACGGGUGCAACGUUUGUGUGGCAUGGAAGUGGAGCCAUUUUAUCUAGCUGGCUGCAGCAUAGGCUCCUCCAUGUACUGUGCCAGCGCGGGCGCUCUACUGACCUUUGUGGCAGCUGCUCUGAGUGUGUGGGCUGAGUCGUCCAACUUGCGAACGCGCGUGCGUCGCCGUGUUGAAGAGGGUAACAUGCUUGUGUGCAUUCCAUAGCGUCCGAAGGCGCAAUAAAGGCAUUGCAGCUACUUAAAUAUUGAAUUUAAGCAUGCAUACUUAAUUUAAUUUUUCAUUAAUUGUAACAUAAAUAAACUUUAAGCAUU